GAAGACCCUGUCUUGGAGGGUGACAAGCAGGUGGCCCUGGACGAAGCAGAAACCCCCUGCGUGCAGCCCCCGGCCUCCGCUCGCAACGAUGCGCAAGUCAUCAACUCGAGGACGCACAAGCUGGCGUACCAGCGCCUCGGACGCCUUGUGAACAACCCCGCACGCAUCAAGAACUUCCCGGAUCUCAAGAAGCUUUUCCUGGACCCCGCUCACAGCAACGAGGUGCUUCGCGAGUGGGUUCACACUGGCGAGGAUGCCGCGGCCGUGCAGGCCACGUGCGAGAUGAUCGUGAGCUCCGAGGUGCAGAAUAAGCGCAUCAUGGAGCCCCUCACUGUCAAGGAGAUGCGCGCCAAGGGGUUCUCGGAGCAACUUGCCUGCACGCUGGCGAAAAUCAGCGCCACAGUGGCGGCGGGCGGGGGAAUGGCCGAUGAGCAGGUUCCCAACAGCGCCGAAGAUGUCAGAUACUGGGUCCGGACUUCGUGGACCAAAGCUUGGACCGACACGGCCGCAACGCGGGCCAAGAUCACCGGAAAUGUCGCUGCCGCUGACGCCUUGGGCGCCUAUGAAGCU